AUGAAUAAUCUUGUGGUCUGCAACGUGGUACUUUCAGCUUUUGUUGGUUAUGCAUCGGCAGUAGUAGCUGACGGCAAUGACCAACUUGGUUGCAAGACUUUCGCAAAAUGCGUGGGAGGCCGGUACUCCAUACAAGACUGUCCAGAAAAUAUGACGUAUAACAAGGACACUGGAAUGUGUGAUGACCCUCAGAACGUGCCGCCUCCGUGUGGAAGUCUCAUUAAAUGCUCCGAAAUUGCAGAUGGAAGUUACGACGAUUUGGACAGUUAUGAGGAGACCAUCGACGACUUGACCAAUAGACUCAAGGAUGCGGAGAAUCGUGCUACUGAGACUGAAAGUGUUGUCAGCAAGCUGCAGAAGGAAGUUGACAGAUUGGAAGAUGCAUUAUUUGCUGAAAAGGAGAAGUACAAGGCGAUCAGCGACGAAUUGGAUCAAAUACUUGCUGAGAGAGCUGGCAUGUGAGAACAUCAACUUCAUCUACAUUUCUACAAAGCCCAAUUUCGCUGCUACUGAUGAUAGAAAACUAUGCAAAAUGUUACCUCCGGACAGAAGUUGAAGUGAUUUUUACUAAUGAAAGAAUUAUUUAUUCACGUUAAAGGCUAUAAUAUAUAUAUGCAACCACUAUUCCGUUGAAAAUCGUACCAAGCUUCCCUCUUGAAAUAUAACAACAUAAUACAGAUGAUCGUUUGUUGCUCCAUUUACCAUUGUUAUAAUGGCCAAUACGACCAAUGCUAUCACUGACAUACCUUUAAAAUAAAGAGAGAAAAAAUCAAAAUCAUUUACUGGCGGACUUUGAAUUAUGAAAAAACAAUUAGCAUGUCAGUGUCGGCAAGGUGCUGUUGUCUCGGUACCUAGUUGUUAUUGGGAAUUACUAUUCUGUCUGAUAUUUGUUUAUCACUAAUUUAAUUAGCUCCAGGACAGACACUGAUUACAUACUUAAUCUGAUUAUCUAUUGCAGCUAGUAUAGCAGUACUGAUUACUACCAUUAGAUUUUUUUUUCCUGUCUAAGUUAUUCUUUGAAUGUGAAAUUGCUCUUUCAGUAACGGCGUAAUAUUUUGCGUAGGUUCCUAACUUUGUUUAUAUUUCUUG